AUGACCCAGUCUUCUUGGGCCCAACAGGCAACGGACCGCUUCUUUAGCGGCCGCAAAUCGCCAUCGCAGAUACAAUGUGACGAAAUUGCACAAUCGGUUUCUGGCGCGUCGACGGUUAGCCCCGUGGAUAGCCCAGGCUCAAUGAGCUACACCAUCGUCUGCAGUGGGCGCCCUGAGCCACAACAAGAUCUCAUUGUAUCCUUCAGAGAACCGGGGGCCAUGCUCGACGAGGAGAUGGUGAAGUUGGCCAAAGAGAUUCACGGCGACCUUGUGCCAGAGUCGACCUGUCACGGCAACGUGGAGGGAGCCGAUCCACCGUUAUCCAUCUACUCCAUGCCCUAUCUGCGAGGCUCAUCCUGUAUUGAAGUCCUGGCUUUUCAGGUGGAAAUGGAUCCUGAAGAAGAAGCCAAGCAUGGAGUCUUUGUCAAACACCUGGCUCGGUACUUUGCACGAUGUUGGUCCAGCUCUCGGCCGGUUGACCGUCAAACCCAAGCAGAGAAGCAAGAAGGAAUCCGUAAAAGACUCGCCCGGCUGGCGGAAGAAUCACCAUCGUCCAUUCUGUCGAACUCGAUGCUGUCUAAGCUCAUUGAGAACCUUCCCUUACUCUUCAGUCAAGAUUACCCACAAGUCCUCACGCAUGGCGACUUCUCAGUAACGAACAUUCUAGUCGAUGAGAACAAGUUCGAAAUCACAGGCAUCGUCGAUUGGUCUCUGGCGGCGGUUAUGCCCUUCGGAAUGGAUUUGGACAUCCUCUUCUUAACCACAGGGUUCAUGACCCAAGACGGCUGGCAUGACUAUGCAUGUAAGCUGCUGCUGCGAGACACCUUCUGGAAGGAGUUCUGGGCUGCCUCUGGGAUCGAAGGGGAGGAACGUCGGGGUAGAACGCAGGGUCUGGCUGAAGCUGCAGGCCAGAUUGGCGCAAUUCUCCGAUUAGCAUUCCGGCGUAACGCUGAUGGGUCACCAUCUGAAGAGGUUUUGAUGUCAGGAAGCAGAAUGAAACAGCUGAGGGCGUGGUUUGGCGAACAAGCGGCAAGACUUACCUGA